GUGUAAUCGCGCUCUGUGACUGGUCCAGGUAGACGAGUAGCCAUCGCCGAUUGGCUGCUGAGCUGUGCGCUGUUGGCUGACUGGGAAUGUUCGGGCUAGGGCCGUAGCCUCGGACUGUCACACAGAAUAGCACGGGUCUGGGCGUCGGGAGGAAUGGGGGGCAGGACUGUGCGCUUUCUGCUGUUGCUCGUCUGCUACUGCGGCUUCCUGGAGGUGUUGUCAGGGAUCCACCGGGUCGCCGCUGAUGUUCCCAAGGGUAGUGAUGAUCCACAGACAUCAGAAGAUCAUGAAUCGGCAUACCCCAGUGGAGACCUAAAGGAGGAGCGCAAUAUGCUCCCAGAGGCACAGGACAAAGAUGGAGCCAUAUUUGAUAAAAAUGAAGUUCAAAAGGACAAACCUGAGCACCCAGACUUGAAUUCUGAAACAAAUCUAAAAUCUUUUGAAUUACCUACUGUAAAGCUCAUUCCAACAGAGGAUUUUCAGUCUGAAGAUGAAAAUGAAAGAAAUGAGAAGGAACAAACUGGCACACAGACAAUGGAGCUGCAAAAACCAGAUCCCCAAAUCCUAGUCUUGGGCGGCACUGCUGAGGGAGAAGCAUGUCGUUUUCCAUUCUUGUUUCUAGAUAAAGAAUACACAGAGUGCACGACGGAUGGGCGGGAAGAUGGCAGACUUUGGUGUGCAACCACUUAUGACUACAAGAGUGACUUGAAGUGGGGAUUCUGUGAAACUGCAGAGCAGUCCAAUAAGAGACAUCAGAUGCAGGAAGCAGAGGACCUUUACCAACUGGGCAUGAAGAUGCUUAACGAGAGCAGCAAAAGGUCACAGAAGAAGGAAGCCUUCCAGUAUUUUAUGAAAGCAUCUGACAUGGACCACAUCAAGGCAAUGGAGAUGGUGGCCUAUGCACUGCUCUUUGGGGAUCCUAUAAAACAAAAUAUUACUUCUGCUAAAGAGUUUCUAGAGAAACUGUCAGAACAAGGGUCACCUCGUGGUCAGAUGGCUCUUGGUUUUUUAUAUGCAUCGGGUCUGGGUCUAAAUUCCAGUCAAGCAAAGGCUCUUGUGUAUUACACAUUUGGUGCACUAGGGGGUAACCUCAUUGCUCAUAUGAUUUUGGGCUAUCGAUACUGGGCUGGGAUUGGAGUGCUGCAGAGCUGUGAAUCCGCUCUCACACAUUAUCGUCUUGUAGCAAACCAUGUUGCUAGUGACAUCUCACUGACAGGUGGCACUGUUGUACAAAGGAUUCGGCUGGCAGAUGAAGUGGAAAAUCCAGGCAUGGCUAGUGGAAUGCUUGAGGAAGAUUUGAUCCAGUAUUACCAGUUUCUGGCUGAGAAAGGAGAUGUCCAGGCUCAGGUUGGUCUGGGACAGCUUCAUCUGCAUGGAGGGCGUGGUGUGGAACAAAAUCAUCAGAGGGCUUUUGAGUAUUUUAAUCAAGCAGCAAAUGCAGGAAACUCCCAUGCAAUGGCUUUUCUAGGAAAGAUGUAUUCUGAAGGAAGUGAUUCGGUGACUCAGAGUAAUGAAACUGCACUUCAGUAUUUCAGGAAAGCAGCAGACAUGGGAAACCCUGUUGGCCAGAGUGGACUUGGCAUGGCUUAUCUAUAUGGACGAGGAGUUCCUGUUGACUAUGAACUGGCUUUGAAAUACUUCCAGAAGGCAGCCGAACAAGGGUGGGUGGAUGGCCAGCUUCAGCUUGGAUCAAUGUAUUACAAUGGCAUUGGUGUAAAGAAAGAUUACAAACAAGCCCUGAAAUAUUUUAACCUGGCAUCACAAGGGGGUCACAUUUUGGCUUUCUACAACCUUGCCCAGAUGCAUGCGACUGGCACAGGGGUGAUGAGAUCUUGCCACACUGCUGUUGAAUUGUUUAAGAAUGUAUGUGAGCGUGGGCGUUGGUCAGAUAGACUUAUGACUGCCUAUAACAGCUACAAGAAUGGCAAUGCCAAUAUAGCCGCAGUGCAAUACCUGCUUCUGGCCGAACAGGGGUAUGAGGUGGCCCAGAGCAAUGCGGCUUUCAUCCUAGACCAGAAAGAAGCAGCUAUAUUUGGAGAGAAUGAAACCUUUCCUAGAGCUCUUUUACACUGGAAUCGGGCAGCCUCGCAAGGUUACACCCUAGCCAGGAUUAAGCUAGGCGAUUAUCAUUUCUAUGGCUACGGAACAGAUAUUGACUACGAGACUGCAUUUAUUCAUUAUCGCCUGGCCUCUGAACAGCAGCACAGCGCCCAAGCCAUGUUCAACCUGGGAUAUAUGCAUGAGAAGGGCCUGGGAAUCAAGCAGGACAUCCAUCUUGCUAAACGUUUCUAUGACAUGGCUGCUGAAGCCAGCCCAGAUGCUCAGGUGCCAGUGUUUCUAGCACUGUGUAAACUUGGAGUGCUUUAUUCACUCCAGUUUCUGCGUGAUGUGAAUGUUAAAGAAAUGGCCUUCCAGUUGGAUAUGGACCAGUUGCUGGGACCAGAGUGGGACUUGUACCUUAUGACCAUCAUCGCUCUGUUGCUCGGGACAGUCAUUGCAUAUCGACAACGGCAGCCUCAAGUUGUUUUAAGACCCCCAACGCCAGCUCCAAGAGCAGCACCUCAGGACCCACCCCCUCCACAGCCAGAGCAACCCCAACAACAACAGGAAGUCCAGCAACCACAGUGAACACAUGGGUUUGCUCUGUAAAAAAAACAUUACUUGGGGUAAAGACCGUUAAACCCGAAGGCUUCCAGAAGACCAGAGCUGCCUCCAUCCCACAAUGGGUCAGGACAUAUGCAACCACUUUGAUCUGCUGAGUGAUAAUAGAAACAAAGCAAGCUAUUUUGUUUUCUGCAUUUUUAUUUCUUUUUUUCUGUUUUUUUUUUUGAUGGGUAAUUUCCUCCCUUUUUAUUUGCUGUAUGGAAAACAAACAUCCAUAUUCAACAACAGCAAUUUGUUUUCUUUAGUAUUAUUUAUAAAAGAUUCCAUAGUCUAAAACUGGUCGGAAAGGUAUUUUUCCCACUUUAGGGCCAAAAGUAGGACUUGUUAAUAGAAAGUGCUGGUGCUGGAUAUUGGGAAGACAAACUGUGGGACGUCUCCCUCACCACGAUAUUGUUAGCACUCACUAUUUUUAAUUUCUUUGUAUUUAUUAUAGAGCCCACCAAUCAGAGGUAAAUUCCUAAUGAAUAUUGCAGUGAGGGUUCUUGGUGCUCUUACUGAAUAUAGAAAGCUGCACUAGGGCAUAUUUCUGCAACAGUAUGUUAUAGAAGAGGAAAUGCCACUUACAGUAAAUCAGUUUGUCACAUUCUC